GUGUUCAAAUCCCUCCAACUUCCGGUUUCUCUCCCAACACACUGGGCAUGUUUUAUGUCAUAUGACCAAUGACUUUGAAGUGAAAAUGUCGCCUUUAGUCUUUUCUAUUGGCAAAAAGGCGCCACUUGCCUGUUUUGUUAUUUUACUGUUUGCCGCCACCCGGCUAAAGGCAGCCCCCCCUGGGAGAAGUGGCGACGUGGUAGCAACAGGACGGUUCUGGCACAUUACUGACCUGCACCUGGACCCCACCUACCACCUGACGCCAGACCCCACCAAAGUGUGCUUUUCCUCCAAAGGUGAGCCCGCCACUGAUGCUGGCCUGUUUGGAGCCUUCCCGUGUGAUUCACCUUACAGCCUCAUCCAGUCCGUCUUCCUGCACAUGGAUCACCUCGUACAGCCUGAGGACUUCUUCAUUUGGACUGGAGAUAGUCCGCCGCACGUUCCUGUGGAUGAGCUCUCCACAGAGAUGGUCAUCCAGGUGAUGAGCAACAUGACACAAACCAUCCGCCAGCACUUCCCAAACAUCACUGUCUAUCCAGCUGUGGGAAACCACGACUAUUGGCCGCAGGAUCAGAUGCCAACCUCCACAAACGACAUCUACAAGGCAGCCGCCCGCUUGUGGAAACCUUGGCUGCAGACAGACGCGCUGCAAACACUUCGGGAAGGUGGCUUCUACUCUCAGCUGGUCUAUCCUGGCCUGCGAGUGGUCAGCGUGAACAGCAUUCUCUACUACGGUCCUAAUGAAGCCACCGCCAACAUCAGCGACCCAGCAGGACAGUUUGAGUGGUUGGAGGACACCCUGAAGAGAGCUGAACAGCAAAUGGAAAAGGUCUUCAUCAUCUCUCACAUCCCAAUCGGCUUCUUGCCCUUCGCCAGGAACACCACCGCCAUCAGAAAAGCUGACAACGAGAGGCUGGUCGACAUUUUCAGGGCGCACAGCAGUGUGAUCGCUGGACAAUUCUAUGGCCACACCCACAGAGACAGCAUCAUGGUGCUUCUGGAUCAGAAAGGUAAGCCGGUGAAUUCUGUCUUUGUGUCUCCGGCUGUGACGCCCUUUAAAGACGUCUACACGCCUUACUCCAACAACCCAGCGGUGCGCUUGUAUUUAUAUGACAUGGACGAUUUUGGAAUUUUGGAUAUCUGGCAGUAUUAUCUCAACCUGACUGAAGCCAACCUUAAGCAAAGAGCUGACUGGAAGCUGGAGUACACCAUGACGGACACUUUUGGCUUGACAGACCUGCGGCCUGCCAGUCUGCUCCAGCUGGCUUUGAGCUUGUGGUUGCCGCCCACCUCCACCUUCGACACCUACUAUUCUCACUUCAUAGUCGGCUACAACAACCAGCUGCUGUGCAGGGCUGAGUGUAAGGUCAGCCAGCUGUGCUCCAUGCUCUAUCUGGACCAAGCCUCCUACUCCAUAUGUGUGACACAACAACAAAAACAACUGCUUGUGAGUAACCCUUUAUCUAACAAACCACUUUAAAAUCAACAUAUAUCACAUUUUAUUUACAAAGCUGCUUCUUCAGCAAUCAUGACAGGCAAAACACCCCACAAAUAAAUUCAUUAUUAGUGACAUAAUAUACCAAUUAGUUACAGGAGCAGUGUUGGUCAUACUUAAAGUCCUAUGUCCAGGGAUGUAUUUCCUGAAUUUAUAAACAAUAAAAAAAGUUACAAAACAUUGGGGGAUUGUGCAUCCACACACUAUAUGACUAGAGAAUGAACUGUAGAAUCAUCUACACCAGUUAUUUUCAAGCUAAUGGUACACAGGUUACGUCUAGUGGUAUGCCAUAAAAUCAAACUAUUUUAUGUGCAAUUAAUUUGAAUUGAUUCAUUAUUUAAGUACCGUGUUUUAUUUUCCUGUAUUCAAACUUGGUGGUACUGUUCAAACUUUGUGCAAUGCUGUAGUGGCCAAAAAUAUUAAAUAAACUUGCUAACUACGCUACUGUA